UGUGCUGCUAUACACAGAUAAAUCAAUAAUCCAGAUGUCAAAGCCUAUUCAUGGAGCAAGUGAACAAUGUGACAGAAUUUAUCCUGCUUGGCCUGACCCAGAACCCAGACAUGCAGAAGUUCUUAUUUGUUAUAUUUUUACUUAUCUACUUUCUCACUCUCAUCGGCAACCUGCUUAUUGUUGUAACCAUCACCUCUAGCCCAACCCUGGACUCCCCCAUGUAUUUUUUUCUGUCCUUCUUAUCCUUCAUAGACAGUUGCUGCUCUUCAACUAUGGCUCCCAAAAUGAUAUUUGACCUACUCAGUGAAAACAAAACCAUCUCUUUUGGGGGAUGUAUGACUCAACUCUUCGCAGAACAUUUCUUUGGAGGAGUUGAAAUCAUUCUGCUGACCGUGAUGGCCUAUGACCGCUACGUGGCCAUCUGCAAACCUCUACAUUACAUGAUCAAAAUGAAUAAGCGAGUGUGUAACAUUCUGGUGUCCCUGGCCUGGGCUGGAGGACUUGUUCAUGCUCUGAUUCAAAUUCUUUUCAUGGUCUGGUUGCCCUUCUGUGGUCCAAAUGUCAUUGACCAUUUCAUCUGUGACCUUUUCCCUCUCCUCAAGCUCUCUUGCAUUGAUACUCAUAUCUUCGGACUCUUUGUUGCUGCCAACAGUGGGCUGAUGUGUAUGCUCAUUUUUUCUAUUCUUAUCACUUCCUAUGUCCUCAUUCUUUGCUCUCUGAAGACACACAGCACUGAAGAACAGCGAAAAGCUCUCUCUACCUGUGCCUCCCAUGUUACUGUGGUCAUCUUGUUCUUUGUACCCUGUAUCUUUGUGUACCUUCGGCCCAUGGUCACCUUCCCCAUUGACAAGGCAGUGGCUGUGUUUUAUACUGUGGUAACACCCAUGCUAAACCCUUUAAUCUAUACCCUUAGAAACACAGAGGUGAAAAAUGCCAUGGGAAAGCUCUGGAGUAGGCUUAUUAGGAGUAACAGAUAG